AUGUCAGCCGCGCUACGUAGACAGAACACAGAAACUCUGUUCUCGUUCGAGAUUUUAGUGGAGUACAUCCGAGUUAACGAGCAAGUGAAGGUUUCCAGCGAACUGGCUCUCGGCGUGCGACUCCUGGAUUUCCCAACGCUGAUCAUAUAUCAAAGCGAUCCGAAUGGCGCCCAAGUUGGGCAGCCCGGACAUUCCGGGGGCGCCUACCGAGAAAGAGACCCACGACAAAUCUCACCUCCACCCGGAGGUGAAUAUUCGUUUUACAAAGGGAAAUCUUGUUUGUUCAAGAUGGGUCUGGACUCGCUGCUCGCUCAUCUGUCACACACCCCUCUCUAUGCCACGGUGUUGGACGUGCAAGGUGAGAUUCCAAAGCUUGUUGGGACUUUCUUGAUCUCGUUGGCAAACGUGGUGGGCGGAGUCAGGUGGGAUUUGAAUUCUCGCGGCAUUUCCACUGCCACCUCUGGAGGAGAGAGGGGACUUGUUGACAUUCUUGAUCUCACGGGAAAUAAGAUCGGAUUCGUUUCCUUGAGGUAUAAACUUUCAAGUCUCGGAGUUAGUCAAUUGCCACAUACCUCAGAGAACAAGGUAUGGGAGUUGGAUGGCGCACGUGUGAGAAAACGGGUGGAAAAGGACAUAGAGAAUGCUGACAUGACCAAAGAGCCGUUACUGAUUGAGUCUGGCCAGAUGCAGUCAACCAAGCAGGACAGCAAGUCUGAUCUUUGUAAAGAAAUUCAAAUGAAUAGACAGUCAAAUGAGGAGAUGCUGAAACUGGAGGCAAAGCAGGGGGGUAUUGUCUCUGUUGCCGCACAGAUAGAACAAAAGCCUAGAAACAAAAUGCACCAAUCUCUCCAAGUAAGGGAAUCCAUAUUAGAGGAGGAUGUAAAUGUGUUUUAUCCCCCACAUCUCCUCUACUGUAGUUCUGAUGAGAAGAAGAGCAAAAGUGAGUCAAUGGAUUACAGUUUAUUGAAACCAGACCUGGAGUCUCUUUUAGUUGAAGAUACGUGGUCAGAGGAUGAGACAUGUCUAAGCGAAAUAGCAGGCCUGAGACCUCCUCUGACAGACCAACGAGUGAGACACGAUGCGAAAACAGCAAGGAGCCAAAAACACCAAGAAACAAAUGGAAUGACUCCAAAUGUCCUUGGGGAGACCCUAAGACAACUGCCUCUAUUAAAUGCUCUUCUUAUUGAGCUGUCACAAUUGAAUGGCCAAAGGCAGCAACAGCCCCUGUCUAUUCAUCCCAAUCUGGCAUGGCUUUACCAACCCUCCACAGAGCCUUCAGUUGGGCCUGUAAACACGCCAACAAAGGCACAGAUGAAACCAAUACAAAGCCAAGUGGGUACUCCCAGAUUAAAAGAUGUUCAUUCCCCUAAAGGUUUUUCCACCCCUUAUGUUGGAGCUGUAUCUCAAAAACACAGUAAAAGCACAAAGAAGGAAGAUGUUUUCCUUGACAGACAACCCUCCAGUAUAUCUUCCAAAAGGAAGCUAGUGUACGGAACAACUAAAACAUUUCGGCUCAGGCUGCAGCAAAGUUCAUCUGGUCACUUGAAACGUCAUGAGUGCUUAGGAGCACACACAGAAAUAAAGACCAGUAUGACUAAAGAUAAAACAUCAGAUGCAAAUAAAAAGAAAUUGAAGCACAGCAAAAAGAAAAACAACCACAGCAGCUCCUGCCUUGAUGACAGUAUUAACACAGUGAUGAGAAACAUUGCGGGUGACUCUGCGCUACAAGAAACUAACAGACAGGAAAACAAAAAUGAGGAUGCAAAUAAAUCUCGGCACUUUGAAGCGGGGACGGCCCUCUGUAAGAGAGACGGUGACUCCAAACAUCUUAGGGAAACAUCUUCAAAUUCUGAAGGAGAAGCUAAGUCAAUUCACAUUCCCUGUGUGGACGACGGAGACAGCACAUAUAACAUGGACAGAAAUAACCAUCACAGUGAAUCAUAUCAAAACCACCCUGAGUCUGACAAGAACCGAAAGAAAACAAAAACUUGGGGAAACAGCAGACUCAGCAGCCCCAAAACCACCCAUUCAGACUCCAGCAGAGGGGAAAAGGAGGAAGACGAGUACAUUGAUGACUUCACCAGUCUUGAGCCCAGCGACGGGUACUCUCCAGAGCCCCUCGAUGUGUACUCCCCUGACCCUCUGAGCAGCCCUGAGCCCGCUUUAGCAAAGACGCAGAAGUCUUCUGUCUGUGGCGACCUCUGUGAUUCCGACGGCACCGCUGAAGGGAUCCGGAAGAGCAAGGCCUUUCCCGUGCCUGUUAAAACCCACAGCUCUCCGCAGCGAUCUCUAAAGGCUACCCACAUCAUUCGCCCCCGAGCCCAUGCCUCGGCACUCGGCAUUUCCUCAGAUAACGACGACUUAGAUGUGCCCACUUCCAUCCGAACUGCGCAUUCCAAAGAUCAGACGAUAAAUAAACGCAUCGCGAAGAGAAGCCCCCCCGCCGAAAGCCUCGGCUCCUCGGGAAGCAAACAGGGUCACUCAACCAUGAGACGUGCUGCAGCUAGAGGAUUUUCUUCAGACACAACAUCGUCCUUUGAACCACAGGAGGCUGCGGAGCUGGAGGAUGAGCUCGCUGCUCUACAUUUCAAAGGCCAGUACCAACACAUCUCUGCGCUAGUGGCUAACAAGCUCCCUGGAUACACGAUGUAGAACUCCAA